GUUGUUAAGUACGCACUAACCAACAAAAUGGCCAUCAUAAAUAAACAAACAGAUGGGCCUAAUCUUACCGUAGCCUUAGCUCCUCUGCUCCAGAUAGAUCUUGUCUAGUAGAUAUAGAAUAUAUCUUACUUUGAUUUUAAAUGAACGAUUUGAAUAUUAUAUUAAGAACUGUCAGAAAUGGAUUCCGAUUACUUUUUCUAUGAGCAAAGUCGGCAUAAACCAUUUCAAAAACGUUUUAAGAAAUUGCCUGAAGAUUUCCCUGACAGUCUUAAGGCUGUAAACCCAAAGGUUGCAGCUUAUUAUGCAAGUAAAGAAAAACAGGAACAAGAUGAGGAGCUCUUUGGAGAUGGUAAAAAAACCUUAUUGCCUCAAAUCAACCAGGCCUUCAAUGCUUUAAGAAAUCAUCUGGAUUCUUCAUUAUGUAAUGAUGAAGACUCACAGCGCUACAUUUUUGAGGAAGCCAAAAAUAAUGCUGGAAAUAUUUUGUACCAAUUGAGUCGUAUAAUCUACUAUUAUGAAAAUAUAGCAUCAUUAAUUCCCAAGUCCUUAGAAUGUCAAAUGAUGGUUGGAUAUUCUGAGCUGACAGCAGAUGUUCAAGUUAUCCCUAGAGAAUGGCAAACUCAGGCCUCAAAAGAGGCUUACUUAAAGAAGCUGUCAGAAAUUUCCAAUGGAGAAGAUGAGAAAGUUUCACCAAGUGUAAUGGAGGAAGGUCGCACAACUAGAUCACAGUCCAUUGCUUCAGAGUCAGGGAGAGGAAAUAAAAGACUUUUAACAAAACCAGGAGCUGGAUUACCAGAAAUAUAUGAAGAUGGAGAAACAAUGUCUGUAACUGGACACCAGAAUGUUAAGAGAAAUGAUAGUCGAAUGUCUGGUGUAUCUAAGCGAAGUAGUCGACCACGGCUGAGUGACUUUAGAGGUCCAAGUUCCUUAGCUAGCAAGUCUCCAACAUCAAAACAAGGUUUCUAUGAGUUUUUAUCAGCACUGACAGAAACAGCUUCUGAAACUAGAUCCUCAUCUUUGGCAAAUCCUCCCAACUAUGUGUCUGUUCUACAGUUUCAGCUUUCUUCCAAAUUAUGUCAGGAUAAAGGCUGGAUAGUUCAUAAAGGUAAAGAGGACCAAUUGGCAAAGGAAGCCAUCUUGGAAUACUGUGUUCAGCGUUUACAUCAGGAACUCAAAGCAAUAAAAGAACAAAAAGCUAAAGAAGCUUAUCUAGGUCACAACCAAGAUGUUGUUGUGCGUUACUAUGGAGACACUCACAAAGAAACUGUUCUCAAGUAUCGUAAGUCACCUGUGAAAACUUCACCUCCUGUUCUGAUAAAAAAUGGAAAACCACGUAUUCCACGUCUGUUUAAUGAAAAUAAUGAAGGGAGACAAAUCAUGCUUUCCACACAUCCAGAUGGCACCACUGUUGUAUACUAUACAUCUGGCCGUCCCGCUAUAGUAGCCUCUGCUGCUGGAAUCAAUAGAUAUGGAUUCUAUACAAUUGUUUAUGAUGAUGAUGCUGAUAUGAAAAUGCUUGCAGCUUUUACACCAAGUGGUUGCGGUGUUUGCUAUCAUAUGAAUGGUCAUAUUAGAUUUCUUUCUACAAUCAAAGGGGGUCACAUUGCAAACAAAGAUGGUCGAGUUAUCCGCCAUUGGAAAUGGCCACAAGCUCAAGUGAAAUUAACCAGUCCAGUUCAAUUUCAGAUGAACCAAUAUAUAGGACUCCGCUGUGUGGCAGAGAAUUACAUAGUUCUAGUAUUUGCCUGCCAGAAGGAAUCAACCCGACUUUUUGUCAAUAUGACUUAUGAAGCAAGGGAGAGAAAACAUACUGAACAUGAACGUCUGCUCACAAAUAUAACGUUUACAUCCAAAUCAGCUAAAACUAUUUUGUCAAUGACAGGCUCUAGAUCAAAAUCAAAAUCGAAGAAAAAAAAAGAGAAACUCAGUAAACAAUUGGCUGAACUUGUCAGAUCUGUAGACAAUGAAGAUAAACUUUUAUAUGACAUAGAAGCUGAUAAGGACCUUGCCAGGUUGCAAAGGAAGGCCAGGAUUUUAGUUGAUGAUUGGCUGGAACACUACAGAAUAACCAUUGGACUUAAAUCUCCAUCAUUAGAACAAGUUAGAGAGACACCAAGAAAGUCACGAGUGGGAGCUUACUCUGCCAAAAUGACAGAAAGCAGAGAAGACAGAAAGAAUACUUUUGGGUUUAGUUUAAUAUCAGCCAGAGUUCCAUCAGCCCCAACAGCUACUGUAGUCAGACUUUUGGAAACACCAGUUGAUAAUGAGACAAAAGCUCCAGUUAAUCCACCAACAGUCAGAUUUGAACAGAAUAUCAAUUCAGAAACUAAAAACAAUGUUGACGAAUUGAAAUCAUUUCUACCAACAUUCAAUGACAGAGUGGCAAAGAUUUGGCAAUCUGGUCAACGAAGUAGGUCAGCUGGACAAAGCAGGAGUAAAUCUUCUGCUGUUUCCAGACAGUCUACAGCUGUUUCUCUACCUGAAAAGGAAAUAACAGUAGCUAAUGUUACCCUUUGUCCUAUGGCUCUACACACACUGAUGCUUUCAGAUCUAAAACCCAUGUGUCGAUGUAGUCGACAUGCCAUUCCAUUCAUAUCUGAUGUGGUGUAUGAUAGAUACAUACAGGAAGAAGCUCCAGAAAAUCAACUUCAGAUCAUUGCAGUAGUAUCAUCUGCAUUUCCUGAAAGUAACCCUUCUGAGACCAUGCUCAAUGAAAUUUAUCAACACCAGAAUCGAAACAGAACACGACCUUGCCUUCAGUGUCGUGCUGACAGUUUUCGUAUACUUAAAUAUGACAUUAAUACAGCUAUGGAAGGUUCAGAUCAUGCACAACCUCUUCUGUUGUCACGUCACAAUGUUGUUCCUGGAAUGUUUCUGAUAUAUUGUGAAGGAAAGCUACUGUUCUGUGACCAUAUAUUCAAUGGCUAUGGUAAUGCCAGAAAAGAUUUCCAGAAACAGGUCCUUCAGUCAAGAUUAGAUUUUACUCAUGGUUUUUCACUUCCUCCAGAUUUCAGAUUCAGUCCUUCCCAGGGACCACAAGGACCCAGAGCACCUUGGGGUGGGGAAAUAGGAGGUGCUGGUGUUGACCACUAUGGCAGCUCAGGUACCUUAAAGUCAGAGAUAGUCAGUGACAACAAUGUGGGUUUAUCACAAAGUCAGGCCAACAAUAUCAGAGCAGUUUAUAAAUACAUAGGAGAAAUGUUAAACCUGCAACAGCAGCCUCUUCAGGAGAGCAGUUCUCAACUUCUGAAGCUUCCCCCUAUUCAUGUUUAUCCACCACUCCAGACAAAUGGACACUUUGAAGCUACAAACUGUGAGUCUGUGGAAGACAAGAAACUACACCCCGUCGCAGCUCUGCCUACAAACAAGUUGCUACUUACCAGACACUCUAGCACUGCUCUCAAGUCAGUUACCUUGUGAUGGUAUUAAUACUUGAUUGGAGACUUGGCUGUCAUUGUUGGUUAUGUAAAUGUUACUCCUGUGUUGUUUUUUUAAUUGCAAGGCUAACCUUUAAGUAUUAUGAAUACAGUUCAACUUCCUUUUAUCAAAAUCUAAACCAAGCUCUGAGGUCAUUGGGAGAAUGAGCAUACACACAGUUUUACUAAAGUGAGGAUAUUUUAAACAAACUGAGCUGAAGAGCGCUAUACUAGGGUUGAACUGUAUUUUGUAUAUUAGUAUGUGUACAAGCAAUAAAACAUUCCACUAACUUUGUAAUAUGUACAUAGUAUUUAAGUAGCACUGUGUAAGUUGUUCUUCUUUGAUUUACACUAUUCAUUUGCUUGUUUUCUUCCAAUUUAUAGCUAGUUUAUUGUACUUAAUUAGUUUAUUGUACUUGUUUUUGUUUAACGAUGUAUCUCUAACAAUAUUUAUUAGUGUGAUAUUCAGAACUAACCUAUACAAUGGAGCAAAGUUUCUCUACCUGAGGAUGCACUUAGCAAAUGGUUGAGUUUCUAACUUCAAAGACAGUUUUCUGAGUAAACAUAAGAACUGGAAUUGGAAAAGUUCUUUGAAAAACUCAAAUGGAAACUUUAGAAAAUAAAGUUUGCAGUACAACUGGUACCCCCAUUCAUUUAAAGUAAAAAAAUAAAAAAAUUAAUGGGAUUCAUUUCAAGAGAAAGUAUAAAUUUAACCACGAAUCAAAGUUAGUCAUAUUUCAAUUGAGCAUCUCCUGCUAUUUGAAAGCCUUAGCACACGUUUUCAUAUUUGAUGAAAGAAAUAUUUACAGAAUACAGAUUGCUAACCGUUUUUCAAAGACAUUUCUGUCAACUAAACGAGCUUUCAGUUAUUUCACAUUCACCAUGGGAAGUUCUCACCCUUGUAGUGCAGUGCAUGGACUCAACUGUCUAGUAGACAGCAAAAUAGGAAGCUAACAUCAGAACUUUUGUCUUGAGUAGCCCAGAACAACUGACCCUUAGUCUUGUUAGCAGACGUUGCCCAGCCAAGAAGCCAAUUGUUUCAGGUUUAAUAUACAAUUAUUCACAUUGAAAAUGAAGCCAAAAAAACAUUUGUUUCAAACCUGAUAUAGUUAAAUAUCAUUUAAGUUUAUGAUGAUGUUCUGACUCUACAUUCAGUAUGUUGUAAAUAUUUUGGUAAUGGUGAUAACACUUUGAUAUAUGUAAUGUGCUGUCAUUUAAAUAUGGUCAUUUUCAAAUAUAACAACAUUCCAUCAGUAGUAAAGAUUUCUUUUAUCAAA